AAUUGCGCAGGCGCGACCCCUCAGCUUCCGGGAUGCCACUUCCUCCUUUGUCUCCUAGCAACGGUUGGAAGCGUUGUUGACAGCAGCGGAGGCAAAGGCGCCAGAGUCCAGAGUCUUGCUGGCCACGCGAUGACAGAGGUAGAGGAGACCCUAAAAAGAAUCCAGAGCCACAAAGGAGUGAUUGGAACCAUGGUUGUAAACGCAGAAGGUAUCCCUAUCCGGACCACUCUGGACAACUCGACCACGGUUCAGUACGCAGGUCUUCUCCAUCAGCUCACAAUAAAAGCCAAGAGCACGAUCCGAGAUAUUGAUCCUCAGAACGACUUAACUUUCCUUAGGAUCAGGUCAAAGAAACACGAAAUCAUGGUCGCUCCAGAUAAGGAAUAUCUUCUGAUUGUCAUUCAGAAUCCCUGCGAGUAGCCCUGCCACAACCACGCCUGCCCCCAGGACGCCGAGCUGGAAACACUUUACCCUCUAAUGGUUCCUGGAAGAGCAUCCCAGCCUACCUGAAUCUCGGACUUUCUUUGCUGUGUUUACAUCUCAACUAUUCCAUGUGUCUCCUUUAGUCCCUUUUGAUUGCACCGUGAAGUUGUUGUACUUUUUGCUAAAUAAUAAACGCAUUUUGGUA